AUGGCAAUGAGCAGCCCACCUCCCAUCACUUCUCGAAAUAUCAACGUUGUUUACCAGAAGGGAGACGACGCUCGCCGAUGUCAGCUUUGCCAGCUCGAUGAGGAUGAAUGGUCCCAGGAGUAUGCUAAAGUCCCGACCUACUUUUUGGACUGUGAGUUGGACUGCCAAGCGUUGGUUUGCAAGGCCUGUUGGGACCAGGGCAUUGAAGAGUGUCCCAACUGCAAGGAGGCUGUUGGUCCCGAGCCAUCUGAAGUGACCUUCACAGAGAAGCUCGAGGAUCCUAAUAGGGUCAAAGAGGUUAUUGUUCCCCUCACCGGGCCGAACGAAACAGAGCAGCCGAAGCCAUGGAAAGGCAAACUGCUGCCCCGGUCAUAUCAGGAGGCUGCUUUCAAGACCGCUGCCAGUGAGAACCGGAUCAUAGUCCUGCCAACGGGGACUGGCAAGACCCUGGUAGAGAUCAUGCUUCUCGACCAUUUCCUUGGAGGAGAUGAUCCAGAACACUUUGCAGUGGUUGUCAACGUUGCUCCUUUGGUCAGACGCGUAGAGUGGACUUCAGAGUACUGGCAUACUGUCCGUCGGAACCACGUCAUCGUUUGUACGGCAGAGAUCUUGCGCAAGGCUUUGAUUGACCAUGCGUUUCUUCGCUUGGAUGGCUGUAAGCUCUUGGUCUUCGACGAGGCGCACCACGCUCUUGGGGGCCAUCCCUUCGUAAAAAUCCUGGAAAAGGUUUCCGGCUUGCCUUCGAAGCCCCGGCUUGUCGGCCUCACAGCCUGCUUUUUGCACGGGAGGUUCAAUAAACUAGAGGUUAAGCGCAAGCAACUCGAGGAGCGGUUUGCGGGCACGAUCUGGGUCCCUGCAGAAGCAGACAUCCAAGAGUUUUUGCCCACGUUCAACUUUGAGCGCUUGGUCGCCAAUCAGUCCUCAGCCGCCUUGGUUUCAGGGAAUGCUUUCCUUCAAGAAGCAAAAGUCUUGCUGCAGAGUCUCCUUUCAGACUUGCCUGAGGAUCUACAGAAGAUGUUUACGCGCCACGCUGACAAAGCUGGGAGUGUCUUGAGUUUGCUGGGUCGGGCGGGGGCUGAAUUCUAUUUCUCACAUGGUCUUCUCCCACACAUUCAGCAUGAGCUGGAGACCAAGAUGAAGGUCUUCAGUAAAGGCCAGAAGUCUCAGAAAUCCAAGCUCCAGAGCAAGAUUGCGCAGCUAGAAGAGAUGCGUCGAGCAUGCCAAGGAGACCUGCUCAAGAAACUUCGAGGCGUUCCAGCAGGUCUGGACGACAUCUCUGCGAAGGCCCAGGCGUUGGUCCAGCGUCUGAAAGAGCUACUGGAAGAAGAUCCCUCGAUGCGCUGCAUUGUUUUCGUGGCAGAGGUGGCGCCCACUUACCCGCUCGCAGAGCUGCUGAACAGCAGGGUCAAGCACGGGGUCCUACCUAUCAGUGGCAGGACCUCAAUGGCAGACGGCCUGAGGGACAACAGCCUUGCCAAACUCCGCAGCGGCGAAGAUGUUUGGUGUUUGGUAGCUACAGACAGCAUAGAGGAAGGAAUCGAUAUUCCGGCAUGCAACGUAGUGGUCCGCUUUGAUGCAUUCCACAACGUAAAGAGCCAUGUGCAAGGUUCCGGCCGCUGCCGUGGGGCCGGAAAAGGCGGUUUGGUGAUAUACUUUGAGAAUGAACCGGAGGAGGAGAAGCUUCUUGCUGAGAAGGUGCACCGAGUUGCACAGCGGGCCGCUGAAGAGCCAGUUGCUGCACGACACCAGGCAGAUGCUGGAAGUUCCAUCGAUCCAGCGACAGGAGCAGAGAUUAAUCGCUCAAACUGCCUCUCCAUGCUGAACCACUACAUCAGCCACGCCUCCUCAGGAAAACAGUCCCUGAACGAUGCCUUCAAACCAGACUCAGCCAGCAUUCAGGAGUGCGUUGUACCUGCUCCAGACAUGUGCUUGACAGUCUCACUUCAAGAAGUCAAGAUGCAUAAGGAGAUAACUUCUUGGACAACGCGAGAGCGCUUUGCCUUUGUAACUCUGACAAGGCUACGUGAGAGAGGCCUUCUCUCACAGAACCACUUGCCACAAAACUGUUCCGACGUGGCAGAACCAUUGGGUACUGCCCGCGAAGCAACCCACGGCAAGCGGCAUCUCCACUUCAAUCCAGAAGCCCUUGAGCAGCGGCAGGCUGUGAAGACCGAGCUGGCAAAACGCCUUACCAAAGGUCUCAGCGACCCCAACAGCAAGGGCAUUUUGAAGGAAUGCGUUGACCUACUCUUGGGCAGGCCCUGUGGCAAAGACGACAUUACAUACUUGGAGAUCUCAGGAUCUUGCAAGUCUGACUUCCGGUGCCGGGUUUGCAUCAAAGUGCUCUCUGGUGAACCAUUUUUUCCGGCAGGUGAUUCCUGCGCAAAGAAGGCACAGGCUGAGCAGAGCGCUGCAAGCGUUGCACUUGCAGAAUUGCGGAGCCUCCUGGACCCCCAGGGGCCAGUGGAGCCAACAGGUGGGCAAGAAGCUGCAGUCUUCAGCAAGGAGGUGCCAGAAGACAAGAGCAACAGCCAGGUGCAAGUGCCAGCAUGGAAAUUACACCUAGGGCGUUAA